AACAUAAUAGGAAGCACUGAGCUAGGCAAUUUUCAUAUUCAGAUGCAAAUACUCCCAUCAGUUGUAUUUGCAGACCUGCAAACCAACAGUAAACCCUACUACCCAAAUAUACAACUGUCAGAGAGUGUAUAUAUAGUUGUUAUGGGUUCUAAAGAAUCCUAUGAACUUGCUAGAUACGUACUAGAUUGUGAUAUAUCUAUUUUUAUAACCUGGAUUAAGCGCUACAUAAGCAUAUUUGAUUCGUGUGUUGAGUAUGAAAUUAUUAGUGUAUUGAACAUGAUAAUAACUAGACCUGUUUAUGAACAUAUAUUUAGAGACCAAAACAUGGAGUAUGCUUAUGCGAUUGAUGAGGCUUUAGCACGAGACUAUCCCGAAAAGAAAGAUUACAUAAUAAGUAGUCUCCACUAUAUAUGGUUCUUGUAUCUUACUUCGGAGGAAAGUCUAAAUAUGGAGUUGAUUAAGUCAAAUUUUAAUGCCAUUGGCACUCCAAACAACUCCAUAAUGCAUGCCUUUACAUACGAUGAUAAGCAGAAAUUUAUUCAAAUGCUCCAAAAACUGAAGGAACAGCUAUGUAGUGACAAAGACUCUAUCGCCAUUUUUAAUAAUCUUAUUAGAUUAUAUAGCCCAAGCUCUGGAAUCUUCUCAUGGUUUUACAAAGUUAUAGACUUUUUAAGUAGAAUUUUCUAUGCGUUCUAA